AUGCUCACUCGUUCAUCUAGGCUGUGUCUUGUCGCCGUGGCCGUGGCCGCGGCCCUCUUCUUCGCCGGCACGGCCUCUGCGGAGGACAAGCAGGCCAUCUUCCAGGCGCCCGAGCAUGCCGGUCAUGCCUCGCACGAGCACUCGACCACCAUGCGUAAAGUGUUCGCUACCCUCUUUCCCUUUGAGAGCCCGGCCUGGAACUCGAUCCUGGCCACGUUCUACAUUUCGUCCAUCCCCAACUUUAUCCUUAUUGCUGUCCCCGCCGACCUGGAGCCCUCGUCGCUCAACACCAUGAUCGCGUUCGCGACGGGCGGUCUGCUCGGCGACGUCUUCCUCCACCUCGUCCCGCACGCCUUCUUUGGCGAGGGCGACCACGAGGAGGGCCGUACCGUUGUUGUCGAGGAGCACCGCAACAUUGUUAUUGGCGGCGCCAUCUUCCUAGGCUUUGCGGCGUUCUUCGUGCUCGACAAGACCAUGCGUGUCCUCAACGCCUCGGCCGGUAACGAGGGCCACAGCCACGGUCACAGCCACUCGCACUCGCACGGCCACUCGCACGGCGAGUCGUCGGCUGUCAAGAAGGCCGACGGCGAGGUUCGCAAGCGCAAGAAGGGCAGCAAGAAGGACGAGGACGAGACCACGCCCGAGCCCGAGCAGCCCAAGGUCAACCAGUCGCUCCGUCUCUCGGCCUACCUCAACCUCUUUGGCGACUUUACCCACAACAUCACCGACGGCCUCGCCAUGGCCGCGUCGUUCUACUCGAGCCCCGCCCUCGGCGCCGUCACGACCAUUGCCACCUUUUGCCACGAGAUCCCUCACGAGGUCGCCGACUACUCGAUCCUUAUCAAGUCGGGCUUUACAAAGUCGCAGGCCAUGGGCUCGCAGUUCUUCACGGCCGUCGGCGCCUUUGUGGGCACGUUUAUCGGUAUCUGGAUCGCCGAGACUACUGGCGCCGGCGACGGCUCGCAGGCGCUGCAGGUCGGCGAGGGUCUGUUCGGCACUUCGGUCGGUGGCGGCGAGCUCGUCAUCCCCAUGACUGCUGGUGGCUUCCUCUACAUUGCGAGCGUCAGCGUCAUCCCCGAGCUGCUGGAGGAGUCGCGCAGUGCCAAGCAGGCGCUCAAGGAGUACGCCGCCAUGGCGUUUGGUGUCUUCUGCAUGGCUGUUAUCGCUUGGAACGAGUAA